AUGAAGACGACCCUCUUUCUCCUCGCUGUUUUCCUCCUCCUGGCCCCAGCCAGGAAUGCGUUUUUUGAUCAGAAAUGCCUCAAGCUUAAAGGGAGAUGCGUGAAAUCUUGUCAGAAAAAUGAAGAGCUGGUUGCUCUCUGUCAGAGGGCUCUGAAAUGCUGCCUCGUCCUCCAGCCAUGUUCCAACAGUGAAAAGGAGGAUUCCAUCAGGAAGAAGACUCCCAGGACCACCGAGCUGACAGACAGAAAGUCCAGGCGCAGCCCCUGA